AUGUCCAACCGGCCAGAAAGUUGCCACAAUUUUAACGUUUCUAAGCAUGAAAGGGACGGGAGACUGCCUUACUCUGCAUCACAUCCCACUGCAUAUUCCCAUGAGGCCAAAGCUAAUUGUAAUAUUGAAGAAGGAAGCAGCGAGGAGUUUGCAGAUUAUUCUCUCAUCAGUUCACGAUACAAACAGAAAUAUCCGCCUCAAACAACGCAUGGGUUAAGUUCAUCCAGUAUAGUGCCAGGGAAAGAAAAUCGAACUCCCUACAGUUCUAGAAUUGAGCCUAUAUUUGACCCUUCAACAAACUCAGUGUCCUUCAAAUCUGGAAAUGUUCAGUCAAGGGCAUCAGCUGAAAGAGGACCCAACAGCCCUCGCGUGGAAGAACACGUCUACUCACCCACACAUUAUGGUUGUGGUUCUCGCAAACAGAAUAACCACACCGAAAGAAUUCCCAAAGACGCUUGCUACAUAUCUGGAAGUGAAUCAUCGCCUUCAGCCUACAGCAAACACUCGAUACAAGUGUAUAAAAACAAUAUGGCUGUGUCCGUUCAGCACCAAAAAGCCGAAAAAACGGCACAUUCUCAUCAGGAUGUGCACAAACUCAACAGACACAACCAGCCGGUGCUCAAUUCUUUUCACACUCAGCACACAUUGACCGGUGCUCCAAACAACUGCCAUUACCAACAACCAAAGAUACGUCCAUCUGGUGAUAGCGAUCAAUCCCACCAAUACAGGUCGCAAACUCAUCAUGCUCAAACAGAACCGGAACCCCCUUAUCCUGCUCCCCCUCGAUACAAUCAUCAGCACCAUGCUCGGAGAAAGACAUGGUCUCCCCCUGCACUUAAGAUGAGCCUUUUAAACAGCAGCCCACACGAAUCUCGCGUGUGCUGCAGCAACGACUCACUAGAUAUUUGUGAGGAAAUGGGAUUAGAAAGGAAGACUCAAAGCCUGUCUGAAGACUUGGACAUUUCUCCGCCCAAGCUGGCACCAAUAAGUGGAGUACUGGCUCAGAAACCUGGCUCAAACGUCAUCAGACCAAUCGCAUUUAAGCCUGUCCAGGGAAACUCCAUAGGUAGCAGUUGUGUGGUUCGGCGGCAGCAGGAAUCCUGUGAUUACAGUAACGGAUUUCGCAGUUCGAAUCCACAAGUUCCCAAGCAAAAUGCGAAUCUGUCCGGCGUGCAAGCCGGUUUGUAUUUACACGACGGGCCUUCAAAUAUUGGAGCAUUUAAUUCUAUGACAAAACUUCAGUAUCACGCAACUAGUGGUGCGACCCCGAGGCCACUAAGCUCACAGCCCGUGUCAGGUCAAUACAGUCAUCUUCACCCUCCGACCUCAUAUAGUCACUCCACUAAUUUAAAUAACAUUCACAACAAUUUACAGCACAGUUCUUCCAUGACCUCACAGCAUAAUGUCAGCAACAAUACUUACAUCAAUGUCCUUGCUGCAUCGUCCAUCUCUACGAAUCCGUCCAGUGUACUAGCUUGCGAUGUUGGAGGCUUUGCAAGUGACCGCCCAGUUACCUCACAUGAGUCCCAGUCUAGUCAUUCAGCUAAUGUUCCUUGUGUAUCAUCUCAAGUAACUGAAAGUGUUCUCCAAACUCCUUCACCAAGCGACAGCGGCGUUGGGGAACUAGAGGCAAUGCUGAGAGAGAAGGAUGCUGAAAUCAACACACUGAGAGAAGUUAUGGACCGCAAUGAGCGUGCAAUAUUUCAGGUGUACGAGGAGAGAAGAAACACUUGGCUUCAUAACACUCAGGAACUUCAACAAGAUUAUGAACAUAAAUUGAAAGUUCAGAAUCAGAAGGCAAUGAUGACAGAACAAGCUCUGUCACAGCAAGUUUGUAAACUUCAGAAAGAUGUGGAGACGUUGCAAGACGAAAAUAAGAGGAUCACAAAUGAGCGGGACAUAUUAAAACAACAAACUGGUGACAACCAGAACUUGAUUUCCCAACUAAAGACAUCCCUUGAAGCUGCUGGUGAAAAUAAAUGUGCUUCUAGUAAAGACACCAGCAACGUACAGUUGACAGAAGGUUCAACCGAUCAAGACGCGGAAAAUAACAAGGACAGCCAAUCCGUUCAAGAAGAACUUGCUCUUAAAAACAAGGAGUUGUUUAUUCUAAAAUCCAAACUUCACUCUUUCCAAACAGAUAUCGAAAAGAAAAACAAAGAACUUGCGGAGAAAGCUAAAGAUGCUUCUGCUAAGACCGAAGAACUGAAGACGUUAAAGGACGAGCUGGCUCGCCACAAAGACCCUCCAGUGCUUGUUCACGCAUCGGUUCAGACACAUGUUCCAAGCGAAGUUGCCACGUCAGAAAACGUGAAACCUUCCAUGCUCGGGGAGAAGGAAAGAGCUAUCCAUAGUCUGCAGGAAGAACUGACAGAGAUUAGAGCUUAUAUAGCCUUACUUAAAGAACAACACGAGAAAGAACGGGAACAGUGGCUAGAUGAGAAGAACAAAGUGGUCAGGUAUCAGAAACAACUUCAGCUAAACUAUGUACAGAUGCAAAGGAAGAAUGUUGUGCUAGAGACGGAGAUCCAACAACUGACGCUGGAUCUAGAGAACAGAGACAUGAAGCUGAUCGCACUCACUGGCGAGGAGGACAACAUGGGCUAG